AUGGCCCUAGUGCCUGCUGCCCGCCAAAUGAAUGGCUUCGAGCCCCCGCCAUCCUCUAUACUGGCUACCCAUAUUGUACACGGAAACGGAGUGUCUGAUUUUGAUCAAGACAACUUCAAUCAGCUGUUGGCCGAAGCACUAGGUUCCGAUGAACAAGGCCAACCGAAUCUGGGCGCCGAUGUCUCCAUCAAUCACAAGUUAAUCUGUAUCGUCUUUCAAAUCGGCAUCGAGCGCGUCCUUGAAGAAGAUCCUUUCCGCUCCGCAACCGCGGCAGGUAGGGCGGACUCCCAAUUCAAAACUUGCCUCGAAGUUCUUCAAGUUGCAAUCGAAAGAUCACCUCAGGUCAUCUUUGUGAAGUCAGAUCCCCAAAGCAGGACCACGGGUGGGAAUGGCUGUCCUCUAUACUCCUGGCUGAUCCCGACUCUUCUGCCGUUGGUUGCUUCCGCCCAGGCAAAUGUGGUCAGGGAUGUUGUUCUCGAGCUGUUCAGUUCUAUGGUGGAAGCUGACAGAAAAUGCACAACCACAUACUCGUCUGAUAUCGUUCUUGAUUUCUUGAGGAAUUGCGUCUCAGGCAUCCUUGGUGUUGUCGAGUCGCUACCAAGCGCUCAGCCGCCCAAGGCCAUAGUCAUCGAUGGGGAGGACUUUGCCUCAAUCAUUUCCAAAAUCACAUAUGGCCUUGAUAUCAAUGUUCCGAGCCUCAAAUUUCCCUCCUUGCAACACCUGCUCAUCGGCUUGGCCCAUGUUUUGAAGGUGGUCUCCAGACAGUCUAACUCGCCACAGGGCAAAGUUCAGUUUCGCAAAGUCUUCUCACGAUUCCGAUGGUUUGCCGACGAAAAUGAGAGCCUUUUAAUAGGGAAUGAUCACUCUGAGAAUCUCUGUCACGAAAUUCGCGUCUUGAGCAUCACACCUCCUGCGCCGCCAGGAAUGCUGUCCAAAGGCCCGGACGAAGUUUGGCCUGAUACAGAUCGAGCACGGAAGAGAUUGCGGCUGUCCACCGAUGUCGAGGAUGGACUGUCAAAUGAUAACUUGCAACAGAAAAUCUGCCGCAGACUAACAGCAGAGUUGACUGGUUGCGCCGUUCCCGACCUUGAUGGGCUGGAUCAAACAUCGUCUGAGAACUUCAGACGCUUGUCGGAAGAGAAGCAAUGUAACGCACUUGAAUUGAUUGGUCUGACCGCGUGCCAGCUUGCUUUGCCUUCUCUGGAUCGCCAUUGUCCGAAGUGUGAUGAGGAUUUCGAAACGACAAGUCUAGGUCCCGAUAAAUCUCCCCCUUCGAGCCGAGAACUUCUCAAGACUUUGGUUUCCCUUGUUCAGAGCAUAUCCCGCCGUUCUCGAGCAAGAAUAAUUGCUAUGUCUUCUCUUCGUCGAAUCAUCAUGCAUACAAACUCAACUGAGGACUUGAAGCUUGGCCAAACCCCCGCUGGCGACUGGUGCCUCCAGUCUCUCAAGAGCUCCUCCAGAGACCUCAGAAUCGUCGCAGGCAGAGCUUUGCAAGCAUACGUGAUGAGGAGAAAGCAUCACGACUUAUCUCUUACGCGGGAAAACAGAAUCACAGCUUUGGACUAUCUCGACAGUUUAUGGCAGAAAGAAGAUGCUUCCCUGCAGGAGACUGCAGUCAUGGCUUUGACACAGGUGGCUAAAGUUGUCGGGGACGAAGAACUAAAUAUCAUCCUGGUCCGACUCGUCGAGUACCUUGGCCACACGAAUCCGUAUCUCAGUGGUUUGGUAUAUGCUGAGAUUCAGCAUCUCGCCCAAUCCCUGCAGAUCUCAGUGUGGCUCCUCUUUCGGCCAUUUUGGCGGACACUCGGUGUGGUCUUCGCCAAGUCUCUGAUGUCUCGAUCCAAUAUUGCACUUCAAUUGUCUGACCUACUGGGUAUGGACAUUACAGGUUUGAUGGGUCACGCUGCCGAAUUCGCUCUUCCAUAUCUGGUCCUUCACAAAGCAAAGGAUGUCAUAAAGAAAUUCGCCGAGGCCAAUGGGCAAUCAACUACUCUCUUCGACCUGUGUACACAGAGACAGAAUCUCAUCGCCAUCCUGUCGUUCCUACUUGUUCAGCCAUUUCCUGAUGCGGAACAAUCCAUCAUCUCAAUUUUGUCAGAAGUAUCUGCAGACUUUGGUAAGACUGAUCUUGCGGAUUGGGUGGCUCUGGACCCGAUCCACAUCACCUGCGAACUUCUAAAAGCCAUCGGAGACAGUGGUCAAGGCAAAUCUUCUCGGAUUUAUCAAGCUCUGCAGCUAUUAGCGCACUUAGUAGCCCGCCAACGUGGACAAUCAGCCAACACGAGACGCAGUGAUAGCAUGGGAACCUUUUUGGAGAAUAAUGUUCUUGCAAUCGUCACCCACUUCACUGUCCUCUUGAAUGAUUUGGAGGCAAAGGAAUCCAAGGUAGACAAAAGGCGAUGCCUUGCUGCACUUGGUGAGGUGGUAAAGCUGGGCAGAACCCGGAUUGUGCGAGCUCUUCCUCAGAUUUGUGCUUGUCUCAGAUCUGGGUUGGCUGUCCCCGAACUCUGUGAUGCUGCCUUUACCUCUUGGGCUGCCAUGAUUAAAUCAUUGAAAAGGGACGACUUGAAACCUCUUAUUGAUCAGACUCUGGCAAUUAUUGUCCGAACCUGGGACGCACUCGACAGCCCAUCCCAAUGUUUAGCAUAUGACCUCGUUGGUGAUCUGCUCAGACACCACACAGACAUCGUGCGAGAUCAAUUUAGCACAAUGCCAUCACUAGCUUCGAUCCCAGCUAUGAGCAAGUUCGAGUCUGAAAUCAUGACUCUGAAGGGUCAGAUGGACGAGCGUCAUCAACUCAUUGCCUACGUCCGGAGACUACAAGAUGAGAACAUCGCCGUCGUUGAACAAGCUUUGGUUGAGUUAGCACCACUUUUGUAUCAGAAACAGGAUCUCCUCCAACGAUCUAUCCUCAGGGAACAACCGGAUGAGUUUGUUGCCGAUUUGACUCGUGCAUUGCUUGAUUGUUGCGUGAAGUUCAACACAAGCAAUGAGGUCUCAAGACUGUGCGGGCAAUGCCUAGGCAGUAUAGGAUGCAUGGAUGCUAGCAAGAUCGAAAGCCUGAGAGAUCGCAAGACAAUGGUCGUGUUGGCAAAUUUCGUAAGUGCAGACGAGGUCAUUGAGUGGAUUUUCUUCUUCCUGCAGCACGUCCUGGUCAAAGCCUUCCUGUCUGCGAACACAACUAGAGCUCAAGGCUUCCUUGGUUGGGCGAUGCAGCAGUUCUUGAGCUCUUGCAGGCAGGGCACCUCGUCAGACAAAGCCGGAAAUCUAGCGACAAGCUUGUGGAAUCAGCUACCUGAAUCUACCCAGAACGUAUUGACGCCGUUCAUGAGCUCCAAGUAUACGGUGCAGGAAGUUCGGGCCCCUGAAAAGAGUCAUUAUCCUCUUUUUACGCCAGGUAUGAAGCACCGCGACUGGCUUCGAACUAUUACAUUGGACUUCCUUCACAGAAGUACGGGAGACAAUGUCGAAAUUAUCUUCUCCAUAUGUUGCCGCAUCAUCCAUGGUCAAGACGCUUCCAUUCCAGCUUUCCUUCUGCCGUAUGCUGUGGUUAAUCUCAUUGUGAGCGGCAUUGAGCAGGACAGUCAAGAUAUCAUAACCGAGGUCAAUUCAAUUCUCAGCCAGUCGCUCGAUGACUAUGACCGACGAGUGCAGGAUGACAUCAAGUUAUGCAGCCAGACAGUGUUUGAAAUCCUUGACUACAUGUCCACCUGGCAACAACAGAAGCGCAAACAGUAUGCCAUGGCUCUGGCCAAGUCAGAUCGUGGACUUAAUGAUCUGCUUUUGGUCAAAGCUGCGGACCAAAUACGCAGUAUCGAUCGGGUGCUAGAACAGAUUCCACCCGACAUGCUAGCUCGACGAGCCUUGGAAUGCAGAUCCUACUCGCGGGCGUUGUUUCAUUGGGAACAGCAUAUCCGCAAAUGCAAGAAGGACGACGUUGAAGCUGAGCUCCAAAGACUGCAAGACAUUUAUGCUCAGAUUGAUGAACCUGACGGUAUUGAGGGCAUUUCUUCUCGCAUGCAUGUGCUCGACAUUGAACAGCAAGUCUUGGAGCACAAGAAGGCAGGUCGAUGGACUGCUGCUCAAAGCUGGUAUGAGAUGCAACUUAUCGCUUCUCCAGACGAUAGUGAUGCACAGAAGAACUUGAUAGCUUGCCUCAAGGAAUCCGGGCAGUAUGACGCCCUCCUCCAUCAUUUCGACGAUAUCAAGAGCCGCAGCAGCAGUUCUACGACUCUCUUGGCCCCUUAUGCUCUCGAGGCCGCAUGGGCAACAAGCCGCUGGGACCUACUACCCAGCUACAUUCCUCCAGAGGGUGGACACGAUUUUACGUCUCAGAUUGCAGAAGUAAUGCUGGCCGUCAAUAGCAAAGAUCGGGAGAGAGUGUCUCAGCUUCUUACCGAGAUAUAUCGCAACGUCGCCUCCGAGUUGAGUCCCAACGGCAUCUCUUCAUUUCAAGCCAGCCAUGAUACGCUGCUGAGGUUGCAUGUACUCAGUGAUGUGCAAUUGAUUGCGGCAAGCCCCAAGGAAGAUCGCGCUGUCGUUCUGGACACCCUACGAGGACGUCUCGAUGUGCUGGGAUCGAACGUUAGCGACAAACAGUAUCUAUUGGGUGUUCGUCGCGCCGUAAUGUCCCUCAGACCAGACAUGUUUGGCUCAAACGAUAUUGCAAGCGCAUGGCUCUCGAGCGCCCGACUGGCCCGCAAAGCACGUUCGACCACUCAAGCUUUCAAUGCUGUUCUCAAGGCUUCUGUAUUAGGCGAUAAGUCUGCAGCAAUCGAACAGGCAAAACUAAUGUGGUUGGAAGGGCAUCACCGAAAGGCCAUUCAAACUCUUGAAGGGGCCAUUGAGUCUGGGGCGUUCGUGGCCCAUGAUUUUGUAGCCGAAAACGGCCCCACGACGAUGACGGUGGAACAGCGACAUUCUCAAAACGAAGUCACGGCGAAGGCACAUGUUCUACUUGGGAAAUGGCUGGCUCAAGCCGGUCAAACCCAAUCGGAAGUGAUCAGGAAGACAUUUAGGAAAGCUACAGAAACCUUCAGCAAAGGUGAACAAGGCUGGUAUCACCUUGGCCGUUAUUACAAUAAAGUUCUUGACUCGGAGAGAGCAAUGCCUCCAGGCAAAGAGAGUCAAACAUAUCUGACAGGGGAAACCGCGAAACAUGUUAUCGAAAAUUACCUACGAUCGCUUUUCAAUGGAAGUAAAUAUGUCUUCCAAACCCUGCCGAAAGUCCUGACCCUCUGGUUUGAGCUGGUAGAUGGAAUGGACCUUCCGAGAGAUGACCGACGAGGUAGCGCGGAGUUUCACUCAAAGGUUGCGGCACAACGAAAACGAAUCAUUGAGGAAACGAAUAAUCAGAUCAAGAAGUAUACGGAUCGUUUACAGUCAGUCUUGCUCUAUACUAUUCUGCCGCAGGUCGUUGCUCGGAUAUGCCAUCCCAACAGAGUCGUCUGUGAGAUUCUCACUAGUAUCGUUGUAAAGGUAGUGAGAGCGUUCCCUCAGCAAGCAUUGUGGACCUUGUUGGCGGUGGUGGAAUCGCAACAGAAAGAGCGAGCGGUAAAAGGUUUAGGUAUUGUCAGUAAAAUCGUCGAGGUCGCAAAAAAAUCCAGCAAGGACUCAUCCGCUGCCGAGCUCAGGAGCAUGUUCAACAGUGGUCAAAAGUUCGUCAAGGAACUCCUUCGCGUCUCUGAACACGAAAUCAAAGGCAAAGUUACGAAAAUCAGCCUGGGCAGAGAAAUGGGAUUCAACCACAAGAUCGCCCCUUCAAAACUGGUCGUCCCCAACCAAGCUUGCCUCAUUCCCAGCAUGCCCACAAGCUUCGAGCCAGCACAGCUUAAAGCAUUCCGUCCUUUUGCCAAAGAACCGAUCACCAUCAGCUCCUUUGUCGACGAAGCUCUCGUUUUAGCCUCUCUCCAGAGACCCAGAAAACUGACUAUCCGUGGGUCUGAUGGCAACAUGUAUUCGGUUCUCGCGAAACCGAAGGACGAUCUCCGUAAAGACCAACGCCUCAUGGAAUUCAACAACAUGAUCAACCGCUUUCUCAAGCGAGACGUCGACGCCGCAAAACGAAGACUCUAUAUACGCACCUAUGCCGUUAUCCCCAUGAACGAAGAAUGCGGCCUGAUUGAGUGGGUGGACAACCUCAAGACUUUCCGAGAUAUCAUUCUCAGGUUGUACAAGGAUAAAUCGAUUCAUCCCAAUUACGUCGAGAUUCGGAAUUUGUUGGAUGAAUCUUGUUCGGGGGAUCCCGAGAAGGCGAAAAUUUUCACGACCAAGGUCCUCAAGAAAUUCCCACCUGUAUUUCACGAGUGGUUUGUUGAGAGUUUCCCCGAUCCCAGCGCGUGGUUCAAUGCGCGGUUGAGGUAUACACGGUCUGCGGCGGUGAUGUCGAUUGUCGGCCACGUCUUGGGCCUCGGGGACCGGCACGGCGAGAACAUCCUCUUUGAAGAAGACAAUGGUGGGACUUUGCACGUGGACUUCAAUUGUCUGUUCGACAAGGGUCUGACGUUUGAAAAGCCCGAGUUGGUCCCGUUCCGGUUGACGCACAACAUGGUUGACGCCAUGGGCGCGUACGGCUACGAAGGGCCGUUUAGGAAGUGUUGCGAAAUCACACUGACGCUCCUGCGAUCCAACGAGGACGCCCUCAUGACCAUCCUCGAAACCUUCCUGCACGAUCCCACCACGGACUUCAUCAACUCGGCCGGUCGAAGCAAGAAGAAGGUCGUUCCCGGCGUGCCGAGUACCCCUGUCGAAGUGCUCGAAGGCGUCAGCGCCAAGGUCAGGGGCAUGUUACCAGGAGAGUCGGUGCCCCUGGGUGUGGGCGGCUAUGUCGACGAGAUGAUCACCAGGGCCACCGACUACCGCAACCUGUGUAGGAUGUACAUUGGCUGGUGUGCUUUCUUUUGA